GAUGUUCGAGUUCGACCAUGUGUUCAUAUCGAAACAGUUUUUAUUUGACCGAUUAUAAGAUUAUGUAGUCCUAAAAUCCAAGCCUUCAAAUUUUCCCUUUCAAAAAGUACUAACGCCUCCGCUAGUAAGAAUAUUACUAAAUGUAAAAUAUUUAAGUAUCAUAGUACAAUGAAAUAAUUGGUAUCACGAUAUCGUAUCUCCUAGUAGGCAACGUUAUCUGCGUGAUAAACGUGCACAAUCAAAUGUUAUAAAUGUCAAUUCAAUAAAUAAAUUUGGUGAUAUAAUUCAAUAGUUGAGUCAAUAUAAGAUCUGUAAAAAUGAGAAACAAAAAAUACGGCAUUUUAUUUUCGUUAUUUGCAAUGAAUUUGGUUGACCAGCCGGCACCUGAGGUGAAGAUUGAUCAAGGGAUGUUAAGCGGUAAAAUCAAUGGCGAUGGAACGGUUUUUGAAUACGUUGGCAUUCCUUACGCUACUACCAACAUGGAGUCAAGGUUUAAGGCACCGUUGCCGCCACCAAAAUGGGAUGGAGUAUUUAAAGCCGUUGAUGAAAUCCAUCAAUGUCCACAAAAUACUCCUUUAGGAGUACGAGGCACCGAAGAUUGUUUAAAAAUCAAUGUUUACGUACCAGCUCACGCUGAAGGUCCCCUUCCUGUCAUGGUUUACAUUCAUGGAGGUGCAUUUAUUUUAGGAGAUGGAGGAAAGCUGAUAUAUGGUCCUGAUUUUUUAGUAAAACAAAAUGUCAUACUAGUGACAUUCAAUUAUAGGCUUGGAAUACUGGGUUUUUUAUGUUUAGGCACCGAAGACGCUCCAGGUAACGCGGGAUUGAAAGACCAACUGGCAGCAUUAAGAUGGAUUAAAAAUAACAUUUCGGCGUUUGGAGGAGACCCAGAUAAUGUGACGAUAUUUGGAACUAGUGCAGGAGCAGCAUCUGUAUCUAUACUGUUAGCAAGCGAAACAACAAAUGGUCUUUUCAAAAGAGCUAUUAUGCAUAGCGGAACAUCUAUAACUAGUUGGGCUACCAGUUAUGACCCAUUAUUAAUAGCACGUAAACAUGCUAAAUUACUGGGCUUUGAUUCCAAAGAACCAAAAGAAUUGUAUGAUUUAUUUUCAAAAAUGCCUUAUGAAGACUUGCUGUCAGUAUUAUCUGCUUUUACUUUGGUGUCGAUUGUUAACCAAAAACUUAUGCAUGUGCCAUGUGUUGAGAAAAGUUUUCCUGAAAUAGAACCUAUCUUGACAGAAUUGCCUUAUAAUUUGAUAACUAAGAACCCAAAGAACAUUUCGCUGAUGUACUCUUCUACAGAUAAGGAAGGGUACUUUUUCGUUAAUGAUGAAACAGAAGAAUCACUCAAAAUGAAUAAUGAAAAAACCAUGUACGGAGACAACUUGAUAUUUAAAACUGAACAAGAAGAAAAAGAGGUUGACCGCAAAGUUAAGGAAUAUUAUUUCGGCAAGACUGAAAUCUCUCAUAACAAUAUAAUGAAUUUAUCUCAAUUGUAUACGGAUAUAUAUUUUGAAGUACCUGCGGCAAUAGAAUCGGAGAUAUAUGCUCGAAAUAUUGACGCUCCUGUAUAUUACUAUUACUUCACUUACGAUGGAGACAGAAAUUUAGUUAAAAAAAGUACAAAGUAUAAGAAUGAACCUGGUGCGUGUCAUGGAGAUGAUCUUCUAUACAUAUUUAAUGGGAUGAUAUUACCAUACAGAAUAAAGGAAAGAGAUCAAAUUAUAAUUGACUGGAUGGCAAAACUACUCACAAAUUUUGCCAAAUAUGGAGAUCCCACCCCGAAUACAUCGAACGAUCUUCCAGUAAAAUGGGUCCCACACAGCAAAAAUAAGAUCAACAUUCUAGAGAUAAAUAAAGAACUAAAGAUGACGUCACUUCCAAAUCCAGGCGCAUAUCAAUUCUGGAAAGAAAUUUACGAUAAGUAUAGAAAUGUCAAAGUAAAUUUAUGAACACGUGAAUAAUGAAUAAGGGAGUUCUAGAAUAAAAGACAAAGGUCUCCGUUAUAAAUUCAAUACUUCCUGUACAAGGUAUGAAAAAAACAAUUUAGUCACCCUUAUUUGUAACGUACUGCACAAGUACCAUUUUUAAAUAAUAAACGCUUACCUGCAUCACUGAAAGUAU